AAAAAAUAAAUUCAAUUAAUAUGCUUGUGUUAGCAACACUAAAAUUAAUUGUAACUUCAAGAUUUACGUUUGCAUGAAAAUAAGGGAAGUCCCAGUUUAAAAUUUUAUUUCGUGUUAUACACACGUAUACUUAGUUCAAUAUCGCCACGUAAGCAUCAAAGUUUAUAUCAGUUUGUCACGAACAUUGUUUGGUUGUGUCACGUAAAAUAUGUUGGUCCUGUUAAUUUAACAAACUAAAUAUAAGUAAUGUCACUUAAAGAGGUUUUCACGGCACGGCCGUAUCAAUUGGAAAUAUUGGAAAAUAUUGUGAAAGAAAAUGGAAUUGUAUAUUUACCAACUGGAGGAGGAAAAACAUACAUUGCUGUACUCGCAAUACAACGUUUUUCGAAAGCAUUGCAGAAAAAAGUUGAAGAUGGUGGUAAACGUAUCAUAUUUAUGUGCAACACUGUCGAAUUGGUGCUGCAACAAGCUAUUGAACUUAAAAAACGUACUAAUUUAAACAUUGGUGUGUACGUUGGAACACGUCAGAUAGACAACUGGUCUAAUACUGAUUGGACUUUAGAAAUUGCUGAACAUCAGGUUUUAGUCGGAACUGCUCAAGUUUUUUUAGAUGCAGUUAUGAAAGCCUAUAUACGAAUUAAAGAUUUAAGUCUUGUAAUCAUAGAUGAAUGUCAUCACGCAACUAAAGCGCAUCCUAUGCACGAAUUUAUGAAACUUUAUUCUGCAGAAGAUAAACAGAAUAAGCCAAGAGUUGUAGGACUUAGCGGUGUUUUACUUAAAGGGAAUAAGAUGAAAGAUGCUUUAAAGGACAUAAUUGAGUUAGAACAAGUAAUGCAUGGUAAUAUUAUAACUGUGAAAAGCUAUAAGGAUUACCAAAAUGUUUUAUUGUACUCAGCUGUGCCAUUAGAAAAGAUGGUAUCGUAUAAUUCUGCUAGUACUACAAAUCAAAUAAAUGAUGAAAUAAGAAACGAAAUCGAGUGCCUCAGUAAUUUUAUAGACUCUUGGGAUAUUGGAGAACAGCCAAUAAAAUUGUCUAAAGGCUUACUAAAAGAAAAAUCGCCGAGUAAGAAAAAAUUUUGUAAAAAUCUACUGCAAGAUUUUUUAUUUCAAAUGGAUAACUUUGGAUUAUAUGGGGCAUCAGUGGCAAUCCUGUCUACAAUUUUAGAAUUUGAGAUUAAAAAGAAGACUUCCGAUACAAUACAACUUAAAACAUUGUUUCAUAUAUUAGUAAACAAAUGUGAAUACAUAUUGCAUUUUAUUGAGAGUAAAAUCCAUGCCUUUUUGAAGGUCAAAAAUUUACCUGCUACUUCGAUGCAUUCGGAUGAAGUCAUAAUGCAUUUUGCAUCAUCUAAGUUGAUUUCAUUACUGAAUUAUGUAAAAUCAACUUUUGGCAAUAAGAAUUUUGAAGAUAUUUCCUGCUUAUUAUUCGUACAAAGACGAUUUAGUGCUAAAUGUUUGAGUUAUAUACUUCGUGACUAUGUAAAAUCUCGACCCUUUUUAAAUAAUGUAAUAAAAACAGACUUUAUGAUUGGUAAUAGUGCCAUAAUGUGUGGAGUUGAAAAUACACUCGAAUCAAAGUGGAACAAAAAGGUAAUGGAACGUUUUCGCAACAAGGAAUUUAACGUGCUCGUCUGCUCAAAUGUUUUGGAAGAGGGCAUCGAUGUACAAACUUGUAACUAUGUGCUAGUAUUUGACCCGCUACAAACAUUUAAUUCAUAUAUUCAAACGAAAGGACGAGCUCGUAGUAACGGUUCGACAUAUGUUGUUUUUUGCUCUGAAGAUAAGCAAACAGCAACAUUGAAAAAAAUUGCUGUUUAUCGUGAGGUUCACGAAAAGCUAAAAAACUAUCUUAUAAAUCGGACUGUUGAUUUUAAUCUUAAUGAAGAAUUCAUUGAAAAACAUUUUAAUGAAAUCAUACCGCCACUCGUAGCACCAAAUGGCGCAAUGUUACUGGCAUCAGCAGCCAUAAGCCAUGUUUAUAGAUAUUGUCAGUCAUUGCCCUCAGAUAUGUUUACAAUUUUAGUGCCGAUGUUUGAAAAGUUGCCACAAACAAAUAACGGCGAUAAUAUCGUAGCAAUUACUUUACCAACAUCAUCAACUGUAAAGGAAAAAAUAUAUAGCGAUCCGAUGGCAGAUGUUAAACUAGCUAAAACAUCAGCUGCCAUCAAAGCUUGUAAACUUCUGCUUGAAAAUGGGGAAUUAAAUGACAAAUUUUUGCCAUUGACUAAGAAUGAAUGUGUUUCAAACAUCAGCCAACAUUUCUUUGAACAUUGGAAGAAAUUUAAUGACAACGUUAAUUCCAAAUUGGUUGGCAAACAAAACAAACGUGUUUACGAUCGCAUUAGUCCUGAUGAGUUAUAUAAUGCAAUGCCUACAGUUGGUGAAAAAUGUUACGCGUAUGAGAUUGUAAUUAAACCGGACCCUAAUGAUAAAUUUGACCAUAAGAAUUAUCGUGUACCAUUACUAAACAGCAGGAACAAUUAUGCUCUAUUAUUGAAAAAUCGCUUACCACGCUUAGCUGACAUGCCAUUGUUUACGAACCAAGGUCGGCUCAUAUGUGAGUUAUCAAAUGAACCGUUGGAAUUCACAAUUGGAAAUGAAAAGGAACUGGAAUUAUUACGUAAUUUCCAUGUGACGAUAUUUCGGGAUAUAAUUAUAAAAAAACGCUAUUGGAAAUCGUUCAUGGCAAUGGAUCGGCGUAAUAAAGAAAAUGCUUAUCUAAUAGUUCCUCUUAGCGAAAAGAUUAUCAACUGGAGUCUGGUAAAAAAAUUUCAACGUUUAAGUAGUCCACGACCGCUCAAUAUCCACGAGCGAAAACAACAAGUUUAUCAUCCGAAAGAUUUUAUAGGAAGUGUUGUAUCGAAAUGGUAUGCAGAGGAUGAUGAGCAAAAAUAUCUUGUUAUAAAUGUGCUAGAAAAUAUGAAUCCUUUAAGUCCCUUUGAUCUGAAAAAUAAUAGUAUUUAUAAUAAUUACGUUGAGUUUUAUGAAAAUAAAUACAAGAAUAGAAUUGAGAGUAUAGUAAAUAAAAAUCAAUUUUUGUUAGAAGUUAAGCCACUCACUUCUCGUCGAAAUUUUUAUAUUAGCCAAGUUGGAAAAAAUUAUAAAAAUAAAAAAGAGCAGAUGGAAGUUUUGAUACCGGAAUUAUGCCAUAAUUAUAAAUUUCCCAAUGAGUUAUGUCUAAAGGCUGUAUUUUUGCCAAGUAUAAUACAGCGCUUACAUUUUAUGUUACAUGCUGAACAUAUUCGAGUACGAAUUGAUAAUUUUUUACUAAAACGAACAAAUUCAGUCCGUAAUCUGAGCAGAGAAUACCGGCCUAAACCGCUAAUAAUUGAUUAUUCGUUGCGUAGGAAUGUAGAUCCUGAUGGCAAUGCAAUAGAAAUGGAGGAGAGAUUUCCGAAACAAGUUCUGACAUUAGAAGCCAAAUCAAGUGGUACUUUGAAGUAUAAUGAAACAUUUCAUGAAGAUCAAACAUCUUGGAAUGAGUAUAUUGAGCCAAUUGAUAAAGAUCGUUCCUUAUCUGACAUUUAUCCUAUAGAAAUUAGUUACUAUAGCCACUUCAUUAGAUCGGACACUAUAUCCUCUAAUUCUGUUAAAUACUGGGAGGAAAUGUACAACAAAUCUCAAUUAAAAAUGCCAGUUUUAAAAACAUCUGAUAUUGGCCCGAAAUUUCAGACCAAUCCUUCAAUUUGUGAUGCUGGAAUAGAAGAUAAAUGUUUCAUUAGUAUAUUGGAACGUUCCUUUGACAAUAUGUCCGAUAUUAUUGUCGAGCAGUACGAAUUUGUAGCUGCUCUUACAACAUCUGGUGCAUCUGAAAUUUACGAUAUGGAGCGGUUCGAGUUAUUGGGUGAUUCGUUUUUAAAGUUUUCGAUUUCACUCUUUUUGAUAAAACAAUUUCCGCAAUGGCACGAAGGUUUUUUAACUGCGGUGAAAUCUAAAUUCGUUUCAAAUCGUAAUUUGGUAUAUUGUAUGUUACAAACUGAUAUUCCAAAACGGAUUAAUUCCAAAUUACUUGACUUGGACGAGUGGCUACCGCCAUUGUUAAGUCUUCCAGAAAAUCUUUUGGAAUUUCUACACAAAAGAAUUAAUGCUUGCAAAGGAAUCGAAAACUCAAGUAUUUAUGGGAUUGAAUUGAGUGAUGAAGAAUUUGAUACCAGCAUAUGUUCCGAAUAUAAACUAGAUGAGCUCAAAAAAUUUUAUUGUCAAGAAGAAGAAAAACUUGAAAACUGUCUUAGUUUAGAUAAUGACAUUAAUUCGUAUGUGUAUAAAGAUGUAAUGCGUGAUAAAGUUGUAGCUGAUACUUUGGAGGCAUUACUUGGAGUUUGUGUCAAAAACUAUGGUAUUCACAAAUCCUUUAAUAUGCUAGAGUUUUUUGGUAUUAUUAAGCCUGCUCCAAAUAUGCAUUUGUCGGAUUUAUUGGAAUUAAAUUUAGUUAGCCCAUUGCUGCGUACAAAUAUAUCGUCAAGGGAAGUGGACGCAUUUUUAAUUAAUUAUCAGGAUUUGGAAUACAAUCUUGGUUAUAAAUUUAAGGAUCGUGCAUUUUUAUUGCAAGCACUUACACAUCCUUCGUAUCCAACUAAUCGUAUAACUGGCAACUACCAAGAACUAGAAUUUAUUGGUGAUGCGCUUUUAGAUUUUUUAGUAUCCUGCUACAUAUUUGAACGCAAUACAAAUAUGACACCUGGCAUGCUGACCGAUUUAAGAUCAGCAUUAGUCAACAAUAUAACUUUGGGUUGUGUUUGUGAACGCCACAGAUUUCAUUUGUUUAUAAAAUAUGAAAAUCAGGCUUUGAGCGAAGCGAUUGUGAGAUUUGCCAAUUAUCAAGAGAGCCAAAAUCAUUCUAUAACUAAUCAACUAAGAAUAUUAUUAGAAGAAGAAGAUGUAGUUGAUGAUGAAUGCACUGGCGUUACAAAAAUGAAUCUAUCUGAAAAAAUUGAAGUACCCAAAGCUUUAGGUGAUGUUGUAGAAGCGCUAAUAGCUGCUGUAUACUUUGAUAGCCGUGAUUUGAAACAAACGUGGCAUGUAAUAUACCGAUUACUUCAGAAAGAGAUAAACGAGUUUGCAAAUAACACACCGUUGGAUCCAGUACGAGAAUUACUUGAAAAGCAAGUUAAUGCUACAUUUAGUAAAGCAAUUACUGAUAAGAAUGUAGUUAUGGUAUCAUGUGAGUUUACUUGCUUAAGGCGUAAGGUGGAAGUUUGUGGUUUCGCUAGUAAUUCUCAGCAAGCCAAAAAAGCAGCUGCGAAGCAUGCGCUGCAAUAUCUAUGCAAACAUUCUAAUUAAUAAAUGCUUUCUGUGCUAUUUUUUGUCUUUAGUAUAUAAAAACAAACACGAAUAAUUACCAUUUUUACAUUUUUACCAUAUUUAUUACAGGAAUCUCAUUACUGUAAUAAAAC